AUGGGGGGUUCGAAGCAGGAGGUGAAGGAGGCUGUUGAGGGCGCGGAGGAGGGAGCGGCGCCGCCCGAGCGGGAGAUUAUAUUCGUAGUGGAGUGCUCGAGCGCGUCCGCGAUCUACAAGGAGGAUGACCCCAAGAAGGUCCCGCAGCUCGUCGCGAGCAUCACGUUCCCGGGCGUGCCCGGGCGCGCCCUCUCCACGGCAGCGACGCCGCUGAGCAAGGGCGAGCCGGACGACGCGGGCAACGAGCCGCCUCCGCGGUACAACUUCAACCUGAAGAAGGCGUUCAAGCUGCCCGUCACCAACGACACCCUCCUCACGCUCAUCAACAAGCCCGUCACCAUUGAAAUAGCCAAAGACAAGCAACUCGACAACCCGAUCGCGAAGGCGAGCUUCGACCUCCUGGACACGAUUCUGUCCGGCGCGACGGAGCUCGGCGGUGCCGACGUGCCGUUCUCCGCGAUUCUCGACAAAGGCGAGGCGCAGCCCGUGCUCGCGGACGCGCGUCUGACCGCGACGGUGAAGACCUUCGCGCUGCCGGAGCCGGCGGACGCGCCCGAGGAGGACGCCGACGGAGACUCCCCCCCUGACAAGGCCGGGGACAAGAAGGGCGCGGACAAGGGCAAGAAGGACGACGGGAAGGGCGGCGCGAAGAAGGGCGCCGCGGACGAGGACAUCGCGCCCGGCGCGCCCGCGCCCGUCCUCUCGCCCGACGCGGGCGCGGAGCUGACGGUGCUGGAGUUUGGCGUCGAUGCGCUGUCGCCCGUGCCGAAGCGCAUCGCGGACGCGCACGCGAAGAGCAAGGAGAAGACGGUGCUCCGCGUGGGCGCGCGCCUCCCGACGGGCGCCGGCGGGCAGUGCCUCCCCCUCGAGAUGACCACAGCAAAGUUCGCCGUCGACGGCGCCGCCGCGUUCGACCUCACGCCGCGCCGGUACCUGCUCGGCCGCGCCGCGGUGGACUUCCUGCGCGCGAACCUCGACUUCAAGGGCUGCGUGAUGGCCGUCGAGGUCGCGCGGACCUUCAAGGGCGACGAGAAAUCGCGCUUCCACGACCCCGCGUACGCGGCGUACCACGGGGUCGGCCUCGUGGACCUGGGGGCGCUGCUGCACCCGGGCGCGACGGACGCGGUGUUCGAGGCGCCGCUGACGCUCAACUACGCGACCGCGCGCGAGACGAUGGGCGCCGCGCUCGGCCCCGCGCUGUUCCCGGCGCCGGGCGUCGUCGAGGGCAAGGACGUGACCGUAGUGGACGACUCGCCGGAGAGCGCGGAGCAGUGCCACUGGGUGGACGCGGGCGCGAAGGUCCGGUUCUCCGUGAAGCUGAGCCGGUCGAUCCUGCCGCCGUGGCAGCGCCCGGUGCCGCCGGGCACGACCGUCGAGCAGCUCGUGCCGCCGAAAGGCGAGCCGGAGGCGCCGGCGGCGUCCGGGCUGGAGAGGUUCCGGGAGGAGUGCAAGGUGAUCGCGCAGGACGUGGCGAAGGAGUACCUCGCGGCGGCGGCGGCGGCGGAGAAGGGCGCGGAGUCCCCCGGGGGAGUGGCGCUGACCGACGGCGCGUGGCAGGCGCGGCAGCGGCAGCUGCGGUACCAGCUGAAUCGCUCCGGGAAGUUCAUCGCGAUCCGCGAGGCCCUGCGCGACCACGUCGUCCGCGUCGUCCGCGAGCGCUUCCUGCGGUCGGGCGACAUGGCGCCCGCGGAGAUGGCGACGGUAUACAACGACCUGUACUGCCUGCUCACCGACACGAUGCAGAGCGGCCUCGGGGAGAUCUACCGGCCGCGCGCCGAGGCGGAGCAGCCCGCGCCGCCCCCGGAGGAGGCCGCGCGUCUCCUCGUGCUCGCGAACGAGGCGGAGGAGUGUGGGGACGGCGACAGGGCGGCGAAGCUGCACCUGCAGCGGCUCGUGCGGUGCACGGACGCGCAGCGGUGGCUGGAGUACGCGCGCUUCUGCGCGCGGCGCGGGGACGCCCCGCGCGCGCACGAGGCGGUGCGCGAGGCCGUCGCGCUGGACCCGGGGCACCGCGGGGCGCUGCGGACGCUGGUGCUCGUGCUGCUGCACCGCGGGCUCCACACCGACGCGCUCGCGAUCAAGCAGGCCGAGGUCGUCGUCGCGACGCUCACGGGCGGCCCGCAGGCCGGCGGCGCGCGCCCGCGGCAGACCGUCGUCAAGAUACAAGGCGCGUCGCAGGACAAGCUCGCCGCCGCGGCCGACGGCGCGGAGAGCUACUCCAGGGAGCCGUCCUUCCUCGGGGGCGCCUCCUCGGAGGGCAUGGCGGGCGCGCUCGCGAAGCCCACGACGCCGGAGGCCUAUUCGUCGAAGCACGAUGACGCGGAAGUGGACUGGGCGCUUCAGGCGGUGGUGCUGCGCGCGCUGGGGCCGUCGCGGGAGCGCGACUGGCGCGCGUCGGUGUACGAGGCGCUGCGGAUCGCGAAGAUCCACGCGAACAUGGACGCGACGGCGUCGGCGUCGGUGGCGCGCAUGUCGAUGGAGGGGACCGCCGCGGAGGGUGGGAGGGAGUCUCAGGCCGAGGGCGCGCCGGCCGUGAAGAGCCCGUUCGUGUCCGCGGGGGAGCUCGCGAUGAGCAUCGGCCUCGGCGGCGUCGCGCUGGCGUGCCUGGCGGAGGUGAAGGGCAGCGACGGGUGGACGGGGCUCCGCACGGGCGACGUGAAGGUGCAGCUCGGGGCGGGCGCGGCGUCCAGCGGGCGGAUCGCGCGGGGCAGCAAGGCCGGGAACACGCGGCUCGCGACGCUGGCGGAGGACGCAGAGGACGGGGAGGGCGGCGCGGCGAAGCCGCCGGCGGCGGCCGUGCCGGUGGCGGACGGCGCGCUCGCGCUGUGCGAGGGCCGCGCGCUGACGGCGACGGGGGACUUCGCGCGCGCCGCGGAGUCGCUGCGCGCGUGCGGGGAGGCCGCGGGCGCCGCGCUGGGCGCCAGCGUCAACCUCGCGCGCGCCGAGUUGUACUGGCGGCAGGGCGACGAGGACAACGCCGCGGUGCAGUACCUCGCAGCGGUCAACGCGGAGCCCGCCGCGUGCCCGCUGCGCGCGUACGUCCGCCUCGGGAACGCCAUGAUCGCGAAGGGCGAGGCCGCGGGCGCUCUCGAGGUCAUGCUGCAAGGCUGCCGCGUGUGCCCGCACGCGUCGACGUGGCUCGGUGCCGGGCGGUGCUACUACGCGCUCGGCGACCUCGAGUCCGCGGACCUCGCGCUGACGCAGGCGAACGUCCUCGACGACCUCGCGGCGGGCCCGUGGGCGUGGCUGGCGGCGGUCGCCGCGGCCGCGGGGCGCAACGAGGAGGCCGAGGGGUGCGCGCGGUUCGCGCUGAAGCACGGCCUGAAGGACGCGACGCCGCUGCGGGAGGCCGCGGCGUCGCUCUCGGGCCGAGGGGAGCUGCAGAUGGCGGCGGUGAUGCUCCGGCGGGCGCUGGCGUUGCAGGACGACCCGCAGAUGCGGCUGAUGCUCGGCGACGUGUGCUUCGAGCUGAACGCGCUCGAGGGCGCCGUGGACGCGUACAAGAAGGCGGCGGGGUCGGGGGACGCGGAGUGUGCGCCGCGGGCGCGGGAGAUGCUGGAGCGGCUGGGGGCGCUGACGGCGGCGUAG